GAGCGGCGGCCAUGUUGCUGCUGGUGGUGGCGCUCCUCACCCCGGGCCUGAGGGCCCAGGAGGACACGGAGACCCGGGCCAGAGCGUUCCUGGAGAAGUUCAGCACCGAUGCGUCGGUCAUCAUGUAUGACUACUCCCUGGCGUCGUGGGCGUACAACACGGACAUCACCGAGGAGAACUCAAACAUAUUGUCGGCGAAGGGCGCGGUCUGGGCAGAAUUCUACGGCCGCAUGUCGACCGAGUCCCUGGCCUUCCCGCUCCACGAGGUGAAAGACCCGGUGGUCAAACUGCAGCUCAUCUCCCUGCAGGACAAAGGCUCUGGGGCCCUGUCCCCGGAAAAGUCUGCUCACUUGGGGCGGGUGAUGAGUAAAAUGAGCACCAUCUACAGUACAGCCGAGGUGUGUCUGAAGGACAGGCCCACAGACUGCCAGACUUUGGAACCAGGUUUGGAGGCGGUGAUGGCCGACAGCAGGGACUACAAUGAGCGCCUGCACGUGUGGGAGGGCUGGAGGAGGGAGACGGGGAGGAAGAUGAGGCCUCUGUACGAGGACUACGUGGACCUGAAGAACGAAGCGGCCAGGCUCAACGGUUUUGAGGACUACGGAGCGUAUUGGCGCAGCAACUACGAGACCGUAGGGGAGGUCCCGCCCUACAACUACACCCGAGAUGAGCUGAUGGGCGACGUCCGCUCCAUAUACAAGGAGAUCAUGCCGUUGUACAAGGAGCUCCACGCGUACGUGAGGUCCAAGCUGAUUGAGACCUACCCCGGGGGCCACAUCCACCCCGAGGGGCCCCUGCCCGCCCACCUUCUGGGGGAUAUGUGGGGUCGGUUCUGGACCAGCCUGUACCCACUCUCUACGCCCUACCCCCUAAAGCCGGACAUCGAUGUCAGCUCUGCUAUGGUCGACCAGAAAUGGGAACCUGAGCGUCUCUUCAGAGAGGCAGAGAAGUUCUUCAUGUCCGUGGGUCUCUACAAGAUGGAGCCCGACUUCUGGACAAACUCUAUGCUGGUGAAGCCAAACGACCGCAAGGUGGUCUGUCAUCCCACCGCCUGGGACAUGGGGAACGGGAAGGACUACAGGAUCAAGAUGUGCACCCAGGUGAACAUGGACCACUUCCUGACGGCGCACCACGAGAUGGGCCACAACCAGUACCAGACGGCCUACCAGAACCUGUCCUACCUGCUCCGGGACGGGGCCAACGAGGGCUUCCACGAGGCCGUGGGCGAGAUCAUGUCCCUGUCGGCCGCCACCCCCGACCACCUCAAGUCCCUUGGGCUCCUGGCCGCCGACUUCACCGCCGACAAAGAGACGAAGAUCAACUUCCUGAUGAAGCAGGCCCUGACCAUCGUGGCCACACUACCCUUCACCUACAUGCUGGAGGAGUGGCGCUGGCAGGUCUUCAACGAGAACAUCCCUAAGAACCAGUGGAUGAAGCGCUGGUGGGAGAUGAAGCGCGAUCUGGUCGGCGUGGUCGAGCCGGUACCACAUGAUGAGACGUACUGCGAUCCCCCGGCUCUGUUCCACGUAUCAGGAGACUACUCCUUUAUCAGGUACUUCACCAGGACUAUCUACCAGUUCCAGUUCCAGAAGGCUCUGUGUAACGAAUCAGGCCACACAGGUGAGCUGUUCACCUGCGACAUCACCAACUCCACUGCCGCCGGGACCAAACUCAGGAACAUGCUGACGCUGGGCAGGUCGCAGUCGUGGACCAGAGCUCUGGAAAAGAUCUCUGGGGAUACCAAGAUGGACGCCAAGCCACUGCUGGAUUACUUCAAAACCCUCUAUGAUUGGCUCGUGGACGAGAACAAGAAAAACAACCGAAGAGUGGGCUGGGAGAAGAACAUUGACCCCUACUCAGCAAAUGGCAUCAAAGUGCGGAUUAGUUUGAAAGCUGCCUUGGGUGCGGAUGCUUACCAGUGGAAUGACAAUGAGCUGUACCUGUUCAAGACCAACAUCGCGUACGCCAUGAGACAGUACUACACCAGCCAGACGAACAAAACUCCCGCCUUCACAGCGGAGGACGUUUGGACCUAUGAGGAAACCCCCAGAAUCUCCUUCUUCAUCCAGGUGUCGGACCCGUCCAGCCCGUCUGUGCUCAUCAGGAGGGAUGAGGUGGAGGCAGCCAUACGGUUAUCCCGAGGUCGGAUCAACGACGCCUUCAUGCUGAACGACAAGACUCUGGAGUUCCAAGGUAUUCCGGCAACUCUGGCGCCCCCUGUGGAGCAGCCGGUCACGGUGUGGCUGGUGGUCUACGGGGUGGUCAUGGGAAUCGUAGUUCUGGUGGGAGCGUACCUCAUCAUCUCUGGUAUCAGGGAGAGGAAGACCCAACAGCCGGAGAGCAAGGAGGUGGAAAACCCCUACACACCACAAGCUACGGGCCUAACCAACCUGUCCUAUCAGACCGACGAGGCAGAGAACACUGGUCUCUGAGGGCACCGCCACAGCCUCCAGACGACAUGAAGGUGACAUCAUUUUCUGGCGUGGGUUAGAAGGCGCCGGCCUCUGUCCUCUCAGAGUGUUUAUAUGUAUAAAGACGGCAGUGUGUUAUAACACGCGAUGAGUGGGAGCUGGAUAAUUCCAUGCAGAAAGACCAGAUUUUUCCAUUGAGGGGGUCUGAUUUGAACUCAUUUGUGAUGUGAAUGCAAUUUUGUUUUGUUUGUGUAUGACCUUCAACGGUGUUUUAUUCUCUGCCCUUAUUUUUUAAGUAUUUUCUUACUAAUAUUACAGGGCAAAAAUAAAAAGGAAAAAAUAUUGAAGAAUAUAAGUCUAUAAAUAUAUAUGGCAGGUAAUAAACUCUUAAAGGUACAAUACAUCACAUUGACACAGAGCGUUUAAAAUUAAUACUACAUGGGUUGCCAGGUUGAGGGAACUGAAGUAACACCAGCGCAGUACAAAAAGAGUGCAUCAUUAUAGUUUGAGACGGGCGCAAUUAUUAUAUUAUGAGAAAAACAAGCAAGAACAUGUCCGACACUGUUAGUUGAUCAGCUAACGUAAAGGUUUGCAAUUUAUUUAUUGUUUGCAAAUUAGAAACUGUCUUGAAAUCAAUUUAAGCACCUAUUAUUUUUCAAAUGCAACUCUAGAGCUUUUUCGGAAGCAAGCAAUGCUUUCAAGGUUGGGGGAAUCUAGUACAAUCUCAGUUAAUCCAUUAAGUUUGUGUGCUUGCUUCCAUUGCUGCAGCAUGCUGUGUUUGUGUGCCAUUUCUUUCAUAUCUGGCCACCCAAGGUACUCUGGGAAUUGUCACUCGUAACAGACAUAACAAAAACAAACAUUUGACCUCAAACGGAAAUUUGAAACGAGAACUAACUGGCUGUAGCAUUGUAAUCGUGGCCAUUUUAUGAUUUUUUACAUUUGUUACCUAUAGCCCCUUGUGUUCUCUGAUAAGUUUGUGCUAUCUGAACUGUUAUGUUCGAGAAUUCUUUGUUAAAGCAUGACCCGUUGUUAAUGAUCAAUAAA